AUGCGUCGUCCUGGACUGGUUAGCUGCGGCUCCGGCUUGACAACACAGCUCCAGUUUUUACACAGCGCCGACCCAGUGAACUGUGAGAGGUGCCAGCGCUCUCCUUGGGGAACAUCUCUCAAUACAUCCUUUAGCGCCCGGGGAACCCCACACCAGCCACAAGUGUCCCGCCAGCAACACCUACUGAACCACUCACCUGCCACAGGUCUUGGUCAGUAUCACCUCCUCUCAAGCAGUCGUCAACACCUUCACCUCUCCUGCAGAAGCCACGAUGAAGUUCUUGCUGUUCUCAGCUCUGUUGUUGACGGUGACGUGGGGCAGCAGUGAUACUGAAGACGACAGUUUACCUAGGGCAAGCCACGAACUCUCUGCUUGGUCCUGGAAGACGACCACGAGAGGCUGUCCGGAUCCCAAUUCGUACGGAAGGGUCUGCAAGGCGUACAUUGACCAGUGUAAUUCUGACCAGGAGUGUCGGAUGACUGGCAAAGGCAACAAGUGUUGUCUUGUUGCUGGUUGUGGCAGAUCGUGCAUGAACUAAGGUCAGGAGGAACAAAGGGUACGUCGGAAGAGGGGCAGAAAGGCAGGCUGCAGGAGGGGCAAUAGGAGCAUGUUGUAGGAGCGUUUUCAUAUUAUCUAUGAAAUGAUUUCAGCCAGUGAAAUUAGGGAGUUAUCAGGUAAAAGCGCCAAGCCAUUACGACUAUAUAGCACUUGGAAGGAGUAAGGAUAAGGAUUUGGGAUGGGAGGGAGGGAAAGGAGUGGUGCCCAAGCACACGGACGGUCGGAGAUCGAACGCCGACCUGCAAGAAGCCAGACCGUCGCAAAUAUCGUCCAGCCCAUGUGGUUGGAUCAGCUAGUGGAGGCGCUGUGUAACAUUCCUUAACAAAACAAGCAGUACACGUUCAGAAUAUUUUCAUCUAUCACGAGUACUUGGAACCUGUCCGGGAAAAAACACCAUAAAAUGCACCAGCUCACUUGGACGAGUUGACACCUUGACUCCACAGUUGUCUCCCAGCAACUAUCAACCUCAAGAUGGCACAACUGACAUGAACGUAUCAAGAUAUGCAAAACAACGCACAAUAAAUAGAGAACAGCACACAAUAAAUGAAAAAGAGCACACAAUAAAGGCAGAACAGCACACUACCAUAAGAAAUUUUUUUAGUAAUUAGUGGAGUUUUUAGUUUGUGUAUCCAAACCUUUAAUUUUGUAUAAAGAUUAAGCUUGACAUUUUCCUAGUAGUACUAUCACUUACAUUAUAUACGUAUUAAGAGAGAGCUUGGCAUAUUCCUAGUGGUAUUAUCACUUGCAUUAUACUUUUAUCAAUGUUAGGCUUGACAUUCUCAUAAUGAUAUAUUGUCAAUUUAGGUUAUACCUCAGCUUCGAUCAUAACAUCUUAGCUUGUAGUAUUUAUAGAUUUCUAUUUAAUUUAAACUCGAAGAUUAGUAACUAUAAAUAGAUUUAUAAGAUGCUAUAUUGUCAAUCCUGUUAACCAAUAUGUUGAAGUUCUGCAUAUAUAGUUAUCAUGACCCGCGUCCUUUUCUGAUUGUAUCUUUCCAAGACCAUUUUAUUAAAUAAAGCCAAUUGCUCAAUGACAGUGGCUGAAUUAACAAGUUAAAUUUAAGAUUCUCUUUGUUUUCUUCUAUCUUUUUAUUCAUUGAUAUUCUGGCAAAAAAUAUUAAUUUAAAAUUUAUAAUUUAAAAAAUAGAAUUUAGUGAAAAAAACAUGUCAGAUUUAAGCACUUGUGUGUAUGCCUAAUAAUUCCCAAGCCAGUGUGAUUUCGAGGAUCUGCUAGGCCUAAGUAAGGGAUACUAAGCCUAUUAUGACCAUACGCACACAACAAAAAAACGACGAAACUACAACGCUUCUGUCCGUUCAGGACCAUUAUCAAGCUGAUCACAAGACUUGAUAAACGUUCAAACGAACCGACACGUCGUUGUUUCUUUGUUUUCUGAUGUGUUGUUUGGACAUCAUAUCUUCAGCCACGUUAUUGUGACUCAUCGUCUGAACAUA